UUAAAGAUGGCGGAACAUCCGGCGGCGCUGUGCGCGAGACUACUGCGGUUUUACGAGACUAAAAAUGCCAAUUUGACCACUUUUUAAGAAGUUUUUUCUUUUUUGCUCUUGUGUUUCAGUGUAUAAAAUAUCAUGAAUUUUUCGGAACCUUUCAAACAGAGUAGUCACCUCUGCAAAUUCUCUCCAAAUGGACUGUACAUGGCAAAUACUCUACAGUAUCGGCUGAUUGUACGAGAUGUCCAUUCCCUUCAAAUCUUGCAGUUGUACACAUGCCUGGACACUAUCCAGCAGAUGGAGUGGUCAUCUGACUCUGCCUUCAUCCUGUGCGGAAUGUUCAAGAGGGGCAUCGUUCAGGUGUGGUCGUUGGAACAGCCAGAAUGGACGUGUAAAAUUGACGAAGGCUCGGCGGGUUUGACUGCCGUGCGAUGGAGUCCGGAUGGACGACACAUACUGACUACGGCAGAGUUCAACCUAAGAAUCACCGUGUGGUCGUUAGUCACCAAGUCUGUAUCGUACAUCAAGUACCCUAAAGAAGCUAAACAGUCAAUGCAUUUUAGUAAAGAUGGGAAGUAUUUGGCGCUGGCGGAGAGGAGAGACUGCAAAGACUUCAUAAGUGUGUUCGCUUGUAACACGUGGCAGUUGGUGAAGCAUUUUGAAACGGAUACUCGAGAUAUGGCUGGUCUGGAAUGGUCUCCUGACGGCAGUGUACUCUGUGUAUGGGAUUCUCUGCUAGAGUACAAUGUCUUGCUGUACUCUGUGGAUGGGCGUUGCCUAGCGACCUUCAAGGCUUAUGAAUAUGCAUUAGGUAUCAAGUCUAUUGCCUGGUCACCAAGUAGCCAGUUUCUUGCCAUCGGAAGCUUUGAUCAAAAGAUCCGUGUGUUGAAUCAUGUGACUUGGAAGAGAGUUGUAGAGCAUCCUCAUCCCACCACGGUUGACAGCAGCUCAGUGGUAAUCUACAAAGAAGUUGAGAAGAGACCCCAGCUCGUUAGAGAAAGUGGACGGGGAGUCAGUAGCCAGGCCAACUGGAGGCCAGACACUAGUAUGUUCAGCGUACAAAGUAAAUAUGAGGUUCUGACUGAUGGGUCAAUUCAAAUCCCAGUGGUCAAGCCAGACCCGGAUAAAGCCAACCCUAAAGUUGGAGUCGGUCAACUCUCAUUUAGUCCCGAUAACAGAUACAUGGCCUCGAAGAACGAUAACAUGCCUAAUGCACUGUGGAUAUGGGAUGUACAGAAACUGAGCCAAGCUGUGCUCUUACUCCAAGUCAAUUCAAUCAGAUGUAUACAAUGGGAUCCACAUAAAUCCAGGCUUGCAAUAUGUACAGGCAAUAAUAAACUGUACAUGUGGUCUCCGGCUGGAUGCGUAUCGGUUGAAGUACCUGCUGAGGCUACUUUCCAAGUGAACUGGUUACAGUGGCAUCCCGAUGGUAACGCAAUACUCCUCAUGAGUAAAGAUCAAGUGUGUGUAUCCUUCUUGAACGACGAGGCAUCGUAAGGCUGUAGAAUCUUCAUCCACGCUGUGCUGUGCAGGAGCCACUGGGGCGCUCUUUACUGAUUCUCCACUUGGGUGUUUCAGGGAAAUCUGUCUCCGGGAGAUUCUAUCCCCCAAAUGGGAUAUUAACAAUGGCUGGAGGAUGAUUCAAAAGAGGGCACUAUCGGAAGAAGUUUGAACAGUUCGCUGCAUGGGGUGACAGAAUCUCCUGCCACACCGGGCCUGCUUGUACCAACGUCACAUGUGGCUACUGUCCGCCCUGCUUGCCAGUGCCACUUUGGGAGUCAAACUGAGCGUAAAGAUUACGGUUAACAAGUAAACGCUGUAUGGCCUAAAAUGUAUAAAACACAGGGAUGUCAACUCUCAAAAGGGUGCUUCUAAGAUUGUCGCUAUGGUGACGCCAGGUGAGUUGGGUCAUUACAGUUUUAGCAGUUGCUGUGGCAGUUUUCAUACCCACAAAAUGGAACUCUGCGGCACAAACAACAGACAUGGAACUUGUAAUUAUAAAAAGAGGAAACUGCCUCGGACAAACAAAUAUUGUGGUUACGUUUUAAUUUUCAUUGGCACAAAUUUUCCCAAAAAAAGGGGGAAAUCCUUUGAUCCGCUGAUAAGUUGCAUGUCUGAUCUGUUACAUGUAACUGUGCUGUUGGGUUUAUAAGAAAAUAAUGAAAAUAGGGAUAUUGUAUCUGAUAUUAUUUCUGCAUGACUAAAUGAAGUUUAUGUUGCAAGUCGGCAUUGUGCAUGAUAUAUGAAGAUUGUUUUCUACCUUUUGUAUUUGUCCUCACCGAUGCCUCACAGCAACAAAGUCUUUCACCGUUGUACCAUUUUUAAAAGUUGUUUUGCCAUUGUGUAGCAAGUACACCUGCAUGUCUACUCAUUCCAUGCUUCAAAAAGUGCCUUAAGUUUAUUUUCAAGAGAAAGAUUUAUUGAUAGUCUGUUGUAGGGUUUGUAGAAAUUAAAGGCAGUGGACACUAUUGGUAAUUGUCAAAGACUAGUCUUCACAGUUGGUGUAUCUCAACAU